AUGGCGCUUCUGGCUUCAGCUCCGUUCCAUCUGACGGCCGACGGUGGAUGCACAACCAGAUCUCAGUCUCUUAGACUCAGUUCUCUCGCCUCUCAGUAUUUUCAAGCUUUACUCUUGGACGCUCUAGGCAUACAAAAUCAUGUGGUGGGGAAUGGCAAAGAAGCCGUUGAUGUCCACUCUUCAGGAAAAAGCUUUGACCUGAUUUUGAUGGACAUGGAUAUGCCUGUCAUGAAUGGGAUUGAGGCAACGAGAAAACUCCGCGCUAUGGGGAUUCGUAGUUUGAUUGCGGGUGUAUCGGCAUGCACAGAAGAGCAAGAAAAACAAGAGUUCAUAGAAGCAGGCCUGGAUGACUAUCAAGAGAAGCCUUUGUCUGCCACUAAGCUCGCUUCAAUCCUCCAUAAGCUCAAAAAUGAUGGUUGAACUACAAAGGAGACAAUUUGCAUUUUCUUUUAAUUCUUUGUAUGGUCAGCUCUCUUUCCUAGCAUUUUCUUGUAAUUUUGUGCGAACGUGCUUUAUUUCUGAAGAGAGAAAAAGCAUGAGUACUCUAACUCACCAUGAACAUGGAACCAAAAUUGAUGAUUGGAUAGUAUGGAAUCCCAAGGGUUGAAGAUUUUAUUUUUCCUUUUGGGUUGUAGAGAAGAGGGAUGAGUUCUAUAAAUAAAGUUUUAGAUUU